AUGUCCGCCCCCGACGCUCCAGACUCUGCCAUCGAGGCUCGCGUCGCUGAUAAGCUCAAGAACAUCGCGCCUGCCGCCGAGCCAAAGGACGAAUCCAAGGCCGGCGCAUCAUCAGGACUCGCUCAACAGGCUCGCGCAUUCGCUGCUGGUGGUUUCGGUGGUCUUUGCGCUGUUGUCGUAGGCCACCCUUUUGAUCUUGUAAAGGUCCGACUUCAAACCGCCGAACGAGGCGUCUACUCCUCCGCUGUCGACGUUGUGCGCAAGAGUAUCGCUCGUGAUGGUUUGCGACGAGGUCUCUACGCUGGCGUGAGCGCUCCUCUCGUCGGUGUUACCCCCAUGUUCGCCGUGUCUUUCUGGGGUUACGAUCUGGGCAAGCAACUGGUCCGGGGUGUGAGCGAAGUCCCCGCCGAGGGUCUCACGAUCGGCCAGAUCUCAGCCGCCGGCUUCGUCUCCGCCAUUCCCAUGACUGCCAUCACCGCCCCAUUCGAGCGCAUCAAGGUCAUUCUCCAGGUCCAGGGACAGAAGCAGCUCGCUCCUGGUGAGAAGCCCAAGUACAACGGUGGUGUUGACGUCGUCCGCCAACUCUACAAGGAGGGUGGAAUUCGCAGCGUCUUCCGCGGCAGCGCUGCCACCCUAGCCCGUGACGGCCCCGGUUCUGCUGCCUACUUUGCCGCCUACGAGUAUAUCAAGCGCAAGAUGACUCCCAUUGAUCCCCUCACUGGAAAGCUCAGCGGUCAGCUCAGUCUUUCAGCCAUCACAUGUGCUGGAGCAGCCGCCGGAGUUGCUAUGUGGAUCCCUGUCUUCCCCAUUGACACGGUCAAGUCUCGUCUGCAGACCUCUGAGGGCAACGUCACAGUUGGCAGCAUCGUCCGCGAGCUAUACGGAAGGGGAGGUGUCAAGGCUUUCUUCCCUGGUUUCGGCCCUGCUCUGGCUCGUGCCGUGCCCGCCAACGCUGCUACUUUCCUUGGUGUGGAGCUGGCUCACCAGGGCAUGAACAAGUUCUUUGGUUAA